AUGACUACUGCAUCACGGUCUGCUCGUCUCAUGCUGCUGGUUUCGGCAUUGGCAUCACUUGUCUCAGCCUCACCGUUAGGCUCUGUCUAUAUCCAAGACGCGGCGCAGUGCCCUGCUAAUUUCCAGUCCUGUCCUUCGGGUCUGCCCAAUAACUUUUGCUGUGCCGAGGGAACAUCCUGCCUCCCGUUAGCUGGCAACACGACGGCUCUGUGUUGUCCAAACGGCUCGACCUGCGAAAAGAUCCAGCCCAUCACCUGCGAUGUUAACCAGCAAGACCCGAGCAAGAACCAAAACUCGCCCAUCAAAACCAGCAUCUUUGACGUUGCGUUGGCAAAAUGCGGCACCGACCUCUGCUGUCCGUUUGGAUAUUCAUGUUCUGAAGACAACACUCAGUGCGUGAAGAAUGCUGACCAGAGCACAUCUCCGGAGAGCGCCAGUUCCUCGUCCAGCCCUUCGCAAACAACUGCUUCACAAACAAGCACUUCACCCGCAAGCGCUACAUCAGCAACUACUGCGCCGACUUCUGCACAAGCCUCUUCUACACCUGCCUCUUCUCUGGUUGUUGCGCCAAUUGCUACCACGCCAACGUCGUUCCCAACGGAAGAAUCAACACUCCCAUCAACAACACUCCCAUCAACAACACUCCCAUCAACAACACUCCCAUCAACAACAUCGAUCCCUGACCCCUCCCCAACGGCCGACAAAAGCUCUGGCCCGGAAUCAACUCCUUCCAAGGCAACAAACCCAAAGACAGUCUCCAUAAUUGGUGGUGUCAUUGGAGGCUGCGCUGUCCUGGCUGUCCUGGGAGCCAUCGUGUUCCUCUUCAUCCGUCGCCGCAACCGCCGAAGCAAGAAUGGCUACUCCGAGAAGACAGGCUUCGGGCGGAUUAAGCAUCUCGGUCCCGGUCCUCAAGGCACCAGCAUCAUGGUCUCCGACCCAAUCCUUCAGCCAAACUCUUACCGCGCCGACUUUAUCCGCAAAAGCCCCUCCAUCAGCUCUUCCAUCAGCCAGAUGCCUCCGCAGAUUGUUCUCAACCACAAUGAUACAUCCCGGCGUCUUUCCAUUCCAAACCCAUUUGACUCUCCUAGCCCUUCGAACCACUCGCCUACGGGCUCUCAAGGCUCCAUUAGCUCGGACGAUGAACGAAAUGCUCGCACAGGGCACGUUGAGUCUCGGAACCGGUUGGCUCCUAUAAGAGCCAUGAAAGCUUCCAGUACCCGAGUCUACCCACAGAACGUACCUGGGGAACCAAGCGGAGAGAACAUCAACAUAUUUGCCGACCCCAUCAUGAUGCACAGCACUUAUGAUAGGCGUCAGACGCACGCCACGACGUUUACAGAUCUCAUGGUCGAGGCUCAGCUCGAAGACGUACACCGAGGGGAGCCAUACCUCGGUCCUCCUGCGAUGAUGAACAGAAUAUGA